UGGAAGGUAAGGCAGGCGGUAGAUAUGGCACUCCGUAUUCGAACUUACAUCCACGUAUAGGCAAGGCAACUCAACUCUGCACAUGUACUCCGUAGUGCACCUGCUGGGGUUCUGUCCCAUUGCUAGCUUGCUCGGCGUGAACGUCUGGAUGAAAUUAGAACUACAGCUCAGUGCGGAGCACCUUGUAACCUGCCUACUUCACAAGUGGCGCGCUCUCAGUGUGCUGUCGGCGCGGGCUUCGAGAACAGUGCAACGACAAAGCGAAUAUAACUGCGACACUUUCUGCCGCCACGGCUACCUGACCUAUCGACGACAGACGCGCGCUGUCCAGUACUUCUAUGUAACCACUUUAGCCUUCACUCUUUCCACAGGUGCGAUGUUGUUGGGCAUGGAAAGCUGUUGACCCAUGAGCCAAAACAAGAAAGAGAAAAUCGAUGCAAGUCUUUUUUUCUCUUCCCUCGCACUCACAUCUCGACUGCAGCUAGCCAGUAAAAA